CUUUUUUCCCUCUCACAGGCCUUGAGCACCAUGAAGGUCCUCAUUCUUGCCUGCCUGGCGGCCCUUGCCCUUGCAACAGAGACUGUAGAAAACCUUUCAAACACAGAGGAAUCCAUUACACACAUUAAUGAGAAACCUGAGAAGUUUGAAAAUGACAAAGAGCAGCAAAGACAGGAUGAACACCAGGAGAAAAUCCAGUCCCCUGUCCAGCCACAGGCUCUUGUCUAUCCUUUUGCUGAGCCCAUCCCCUACACUGUCCUUCCACAAAAUGUCCUGCCUCUUGCUCAGCCUGCUAUGGUGCUGCCUGUCUUUCAGCCCGAAAUGAUUCAAGGUUCCAAUUCUAAGGCAACCAUCUUUCCUAAGCGCCAUGUGAUGCCAUUUCUUAAAUCUCCAGCAGUUCCAAUUUUUCAACGCCAAAUCCCAAACCUCACUGAUCUCAAGAGUCCACAGCUUCCUCUGCCUCUGCUCCAGCCCUUGAUGCACCAGGUGCCCCAGCCUCUUAUUCAGGCUCCCAUGCUUCCUACUCAGCCCCUUCUUUCCCCUCCUCAGCCCAAAGCCCUGCCUCUUUCCCAGCAAAUGAUCACCUACCCUCACAGAGAUAUGCCCAUCCAAGCCCUUCUGCUUUACCCAGAGCCUCUGAUUGACCCUACGCAGGGGUUCUACCCUGUGACUCAACCUAUUGCUGCAGUUUACAGCUUGCAACAAAUUUAAGAGGAUUUCAAAGUUGUUUGUCCCUCAGUUUUGAAUUGACUGCGACUGGAAAUGUGACAUGUUUUCAAUGUUCAUAUCACUCCAUCAAAAAAUUAACAAUUUUUAUGAUUCUACAGGGAUAAAAUGCAAAUGUAUUUCUUUAUUUACUUUAUUGUAUUAUAUAAUAUUCAUCUGAAUUUGUAUUUGACUCUUAACCCCUAUUUUCUGAAUUUUAAUUCAAAAAGUACUACAGAAUGUCACUUUUGAGUUGGAAGUUCCAUAACCAUAUGAAAAGUAUGUCUAAAAAUAGUUUCUGGAAUUGUAUUUAUUAUCACUAUUUCCUAGCCAGUCAUUUCAAUAAAUUAAUCCUUUAUGCAUA